AUGCGGUUUCUUGGUCUUUUGGCGUCUCUUUUGGCUGCGUGGCAUGUCAGUGCCGACUUGGAGGAACGAGACCCUUCUGUUAAUUCAUUUGUGUUCGACUCUGUCUUUUGGGUUGAUCGAGGAGAUUGGAAAUGCACCAAGCAACAAGUCAAGCAACUGAACAAAGCAAUCGACGAUGCUCGAGCUGUCACUCAGUUGGCAGUGUCUGCCUUGUCGGCACAAGGGUCUGAGGACUCGUACGCCUUCCGUACUUGGUUCGGGCAAAAUUGGCAGUUCCCCAAGAUAUCGAAGCAGAAAGGGAACGGCGUCACUGAGAACUCUCUCGUCUACUCCUGCCCUCCCCCUGGGGAUAAGUACUGCGACCCGACUUCUCUCGCUGCGGCCCGAAGCCAGUUUCCGGGCACACCAUGGCGUGGUCCUACCUUGGUAAUCCUGUGCCCGGGGUUCUUCGCAAGCAAAAGUACCAUCGAAUCGGUGGCGGUGGAUUGGAAAGUGGCGGGAAAGGUUAUGCCAACGAGGAACGCAGGCCUGACGCUUGUUCACGAGUUUCAACACAUGCCCAAGGUUACGGGACUAAAUAACGUCUGCGUUGACGUACCAGAUCCCGCCAGAGGGAAAAGCGCAAAUGGAAGGCCAAAGGGCUGCUACUCUCCUAGAUGGUACGUCGAGUACACUUGUGUGGGAAUCUCCGACGAGCUUAAGAUUACCAACGCGGAGAACUACGCCAUAUUUGCAGGAUUUAUCAGGGCAUGGCCGGAAAAGUCAAAGCCCGCCAGGUUACCAUCACGACAGAUACCCACGUUAAGAUAUACCCGGACUUAG